AUGUUCAUUUUUGCCCAGAUUUUGCAUGGAUGGGGAUCAACUCCGCUCUAUACCAUCGGCUUCAGCUUUGUUGAGGACUCCACAACGGCGGAAAAUGCCGGUCUCCACUUUGCUUUCAUUUUAGCUGGCUCUUGCCUCGGUCCCGCCAUCGGCUAUGUAUUUGGUGCUGUUCAACUCACUGUUUGGGUUGACCCGCAUGUGGAACCAGAGAUUGACAUGGAUAACCCACAAUGGGUCGGGGCCUGGUGGAUCGGCAUGCUUGCCUGUGGCAUCGGCGCGAUUCUGUGCUCUCUUCCAAUGUUUGGUUUCCCGAAGCAGUUUCCUGGAGUCGCGGAAAUCAAGGCGCAGAAAAAGUCGGAAUCGAUUGAGUCGGAAGAUCUUGGCGAAGACUCGAGUCUUAUGCAGGGCUUCAAGAGUCUUUUGCUCGAUGUAGCGAUGCAAUUUAGAUGCGAUGAAACAAACAUUACUGGGGUUUUCUCUCCUUACCCUGGCAUGGAGGAAACUACUCUUGACAUAAACGAGAUUCCUUGUCUGUCUGACUGCAGCUGCGAUACAGAGUACUACGACCCUGUUUGUCUUGACGGCAAGACCUAUUUUUCACCAUGUUACGCUGGUUGCACUCAAAGUUGUGCUUGCUCUGAAUCCGGCGAUCUUGAUCUGGUAGCCAUCAAAGGAACUUGCUCCGCUUCAGAGGAUGAGCAAGAAAUCUGCAAUGAUCAGUCUCGUACUUUCUUGAUCCUGACGUUUUUCACCGUCAUGUUCGAAUUUAUGCCACCGACACUCGUUCCAAUUGGAACCCUUCGCGCUGUUGACCCGAAUUUGAAGGGACUAUCAAUGGGCUUACAGUGGGUGAUCUUGAGAAUAUUCGGAACGAUCCCCGGCCCGAUCGUUCUUGGAAAGCUGAUGGAUAUGGCAUGCCUUGUCUGGCAAGAAGAUAAUUGCCAGGAGAACCCUGGCUACGAUAACUCGGCUAGAAUUCCAUGUGCCGACUUGACCUCCUUGAAGAACGUCCUCCAAAUCAGUUGGUUUAGAUCUGAUCUCACGGGCUCGUCGAAAACAGAAAUCGCUGAACUUGCGAAUGAAAAUGGAAUAAUCAAAAACGCCGAAAAAGUACCAGGAUACACAGUCGAUGAUACGGGUGCUUUAGUCAUCUCAAAAUCGGGCGACGAUGAUUUCUCCUUGAACGACAUUGCUUUUUACGAAUGCCAAGCAGAUGUAAAAGAUGAGAACGGAAAGAUUACUCCUGCUGAUAUCAAAAGAAAACUUCUCGUUAAUUUUAUAAUGGACAAAAACGAUCUUGAGCCUGUUGUCAGAGAUAAACGACUCGGCGAAGAAGACAAAAAAGAAUACAAAGAAGGCAUCAGAUAUGAAAUCGCUGAGUGCGAAUCGAAAGAAGCCGGCCCCGAAGCGCCAGUAUUGAUCUGGAGAGCGCUCGAUUCUAGCGGCGAUGAAAUUUCCAACAGCAACGAAUUCGGCUCUUGCAAGAGCAAACUUAAAACUCUCGAUGACAGCAACUUUUGUGGAAAAACAAAUGAUUUCAUCCACAUGGAUAAACAAGAUCAGCGAAAACUUCAAACGACGACGCUUUCUCUCGCAUUUGACUCAACUCAAAUUGAAGGCAUUUCUUCCAGCUUUGACAAGGCGCAUUUUCUGUGCGAAGCGCACUACAAAGAAGCCUGGAACGGCGAACUUGUCGAUGUCAUUAAAGCAAAACGAUGGCCCGCAGAUGACAAUACCAUCCGAGUCAUCAGCCCCGUGCGUAAUGUUGAUAUUCUCGUCAAUGGUGCUCCAGUUAGCGCUGGAGUUCUUGACAUGACGAAUGGAAACCCAUCUUUGGAGUGCAGCUCCGACGGAUUUGACAACAAAGGCGCAAACGAAAUCAACCCACGAGGAACCAGAUCGAGAACAGGAGACAAUAUGAAAUUCUCGUGUAAAGCAAGAAACUCACUGAACGAAGGCAAAUGGGUCGAAAAGGAGUUUACCUUUACUGAAGCAACGCUACAAACACCGACCGCCGAAUAUUCUCAUUUUGGUCUCGUGGCAAAAGUGUCAGCCGAAAGCACACCAAAAGAUCCGGAAGUAGCAAAUCUAAAAUAUGCAGUCUUCCAGUGCAAAGAAGGAUUUAUAGCGAAAGAUGGUCGGGCUGUUUUCAAAAUCCUCUCCGAAAAAUGUAUAGAGGCAAAGGCACUAACCGAUGGGACAAAGCAUCUUAUCGAAAGAGAAAUCAUGCGAGAAUAUCCAAUUGGCUUUGGUGUUGCGAUGCUGGAAGUGAUGGACGUAAAUGGAAAUACCGAAACUCUUUAUAACUACGUCCCGAUGAAAUCUGCCAGAACCAACUACGCGAAUAAAGAAGAAGAGCCUUUCCCAAUGCAGGCAUGGUUUGAUAGAAUGACAGUUUCAGUGUCUCGAAGACUUCGAUCGAUUUCAAGAGAUAGUAUUGUCGCGAUUUAUUACAACGAAGAUGAACAGUCUAUCGUUGAUUUGUCGGGCGAUGCAGUCAUUGAUGAGGAAAAUAAAGAUCAGUUUCAUGUUGUCAUGGAACCUACCCCAACAGAAAGUGGAAAAUACAUCCUCUGCUACGACUUCUCUAGAAAGAUCGACCUCCAAGAACUCCAAGGACAGACUUAUGAUUCGAUCCGUGAAAGCUUACAAAGAGAUCACGCUGAUUUCUGCCGAUUUUUCGUCAACAAAAGCUUCCCUUGGUGGAUCAUCCUUGUUGUCAUCAUUGUUUUGAUACUUAUCGGUGCUCUGAUUUUCUUCAUUUUGAAGCGCAAAAAGGAUGACAAAGAAGAAAAUGAUUCGGGCGAUAUUGUCAGAGACCCUAAAACUGGCGGAAGCGUGUCAGGAGUCCAAACACAAGAAAGCGAUGCUAGAGAUGAGUUUGCAAAAGUUGUCGAGAAUCAACCCGACGAAACUACACCACUGAGAAAAGAAGGCGAAGAGUCAACUGCAGUCUAA